GCGGAAGAACGAAGAAACGGAUGGAUGUUUAUAAAAGGCGCGUUCACAGCACCAUUCAUUCCGAAGGACUGAAAUCUACAAUUUCUGAACUUUUCAAGACCUUUUUGACAGCGAACAUAUCCUGCAACCUUCUGCGUGUAAGCUGUCAGAAACUGAUGUGGAGGAUCACCUCGCUUGGAGCAGUUCAUUCGUUCUAGGAACACACGCUAAUCAAUUCUUUAUUUCAAGAAUAUGUCAAAAAUGGAAUGUAAACUCUUGCCAUUUCUAGACCAGAAGCCAGAGACAUCCUCCCCAAAAUAACUCUUGUGCUUCAUGAGAGCACCGUUGGAUUACCAAUCAAAUCUAAACCAAACACAAACCAAAUAGAAAUUCAUCUGACAGAUGGCGGAUGCUUCCGUUUCCUUCUAGAAAGACAGCAAACCAAAGGAAUAAGAGAUUUUAUGUGCAUUUGCUUGCAUCUUUACUCAAAUAAACCUAUUUUUUCAGACAAUUGCAUUUUGAACUGUGAUAGUAACUUUAAACAUGUUAAAUAAAGGACCAAUGAUGGAGGCGGCGGACAUUGCAGUUGUUGCACUUUAUUUUGUACUUGUGCUUGUAAUUGGUCUGCUCGCCAUGUGGAAGUCCAACCAUAGCUCUGUCAGUGGCUACUUCCUGGCUGGUCGAACUAUGAAUUGGGUGGUGAUAGGCGCCUCACUGUUUGUCAGCAACAUCGGCAGCGAGCAUUUCAUUGGCCUCGCUGGUUCUGGUGCAGCAAGUGGUUUUGCAGUGGGCGCCUGGGAGUUCAAUGCCCUCCUUCUUCUGCAGCUGCUCGGCUGGGUGUUCAUCCCAGUCUACAUCCACUGUGGAGUUUACACCAUGCCAGAGUACCUCUCCAAGCGCUACGGAGGCAAGCGGCUAAAGAUGUAUUUUGCUGCCCUCUCACUUCUGCUGUACGUCUUUACUAAACUCUCAGUGGACUUGUACGCAGGAGCUCUUUUCAUUCAGGAGUCUCUUGGCUGGAAUCUCUACCUAUCAGUCGUCUUGCUUAUCACUAUGACUGCCUUCCUGACAGUGACCGGUGGACUGGUUGCUGUGAUCUACACAGACACUCUACAGGCCGUGCUCAUGAUUGGCGGUGCAUUGACCCUUAGCAUCAUGGGUCUGAUCAAGGUAGGCGGUUUGGAAGGGGUGCGGGAAAAAUACAUGGAAGCGGUCCCCAAUGUCACCGCCAUCCUGGCUAACAGCAACUUCAGCUUCCAGUACACAAACUCCUGCCGAAUCCAUCCCAAGCCAGAUUCUCUCAAGCUCCUACGAGGACCGCUUGAUGAGGACAUCCCUUGGCCAGGCUUUCUGUUGGGUCAGACACCCUCAUCCAUUUGGUACUGGUGUGCUGACCAAGUCAUCGUCCAGAGAGUCUUAGCUGCCAAGAAUAUCGUCCAUGCCAAAGGCUCCACACUUAUGGCAGGAAUGCUUAAGAUCCUUCCCAUGUUUAUCAUCGUUAUUCCAGGAAUGAUUUCACGAAUACUGUUCCCAGAUGAGCUGGCAUGCAUCGGACCAGAGCACUGCAUGGCUGUUUGUGGCAGUCAAGCUGGCUGUUCCAACAUCGCCUACCCUCGGCUGGUCAUGAGCGUGAUGCCGGUGGGUCUCCGAGGGUUGAUGAUGGCUGUGAUGAUCGCUGCCCUCAUGAGCGACCUGGACUCGAUUUUUAACAGCGCUAGCACCAUCUUCACAUUGGACAUUUAUAAAAUGCUGCGUGUAUGUGCAUCCUCCCGUGAGCUGGUGGUGGUCGGCAGGAUGUUUGUGAUCUUCAUGGUGGCUAUCAGCAUCGCUUGGGUGCCUGUCAUUAUUGAGAUGCAAGGAGGUCAGAUGUACCUGUACAUCCAGGAAAUUGCAGGAUACCUCACACCUCCCAUUGCUGCCCUCUUUUUACUCGGAGUCUUCUGGAAACGUUGCAAUGAGACCGGUGCAUUUUGGGGCGGUAUGACUGGGUUUGUGCUAGGCACCACCCGCCUUAUCCUUGGCUUUGUAUAUCGUGAGCCAAGAUGUGACCAGCCAGAUGAGCGUCCAGCUUUCAUUACUCAUAUCCAUUACAUGUACGUUGCUGCUGGGCUGUUUUGGAUUUCCGGGCUGGUGGCUGUGGGUGUCAGUCUGUGCACACAACCACCAGAAGUGGAGAAGGUCAAGCGUACCACAAUUUGGGGCUUGAGAAAGCUGCUUAAGGUUCCUGUGACUGAACGAGAGGAGAUGUACAAACUCACUAAUGGCAAUGGUGUCCUAAAGAAAGAUGUGCCUGAGGAUGUCCAGAAGGAGAGAUGUCUUGAUGGGGCUGACAUGAAACUCCUUAUGCCCUCGCCUUGUAACCAAGAUCCUGCGACCCCCAGCACAGAGGCAUCCACACCAAUGGAGCUGUACAGCAAUGGUCAUGCAAAGCUUGUGAAAGAGAAGGAUGAAGUCAAGUGUGAUGAAGAGAGCUGCCUGCAAGUAUUUGACUGGAUUUGUCAUAAGGAGAAAAGGUCUUUUGUCAAACCCAAAGUCAUUGAAGAAGAUGAAGAUGCUCUCCGUCAAAUGCUUUAUGAAUCCCCAAAGAUCAAGCUGUUACUUAACUUAGGCCUUGUAUUGGUUUGUUCAGUGGGUGUCUUCAUGUUUGUGUACUUCUCCUUGUAAUGUGGCCUGCGUGAAAGACAGCACAUUUUAUAUGAACUAUUUGUUUUUAUAAGUCAUCUAGGGUCUGUAAUAUUUACAGUGUAAUUUCUUUCGUUUUAUAAUUUCCUUUUGGGGAUCAUUCUGAUAGAAGUUAUUUAUUGUUUCUCCUUGGCUCUGUGUCACAAGUCACUCCUUGAAAAUAUUUAAACUCUUCCUUGUGGUAUGUUGAUGACCAAAUGCAUUAUUGAAACAAGAGCUUUUAUAUAGCUUAUGGUUGGUCGAGUUAAGCAAUUGUAGGAUUUGCUGUUUUUCUCCUUGGUGAAUUUUGCCUUAAUAUUGUCACUAGUGUAACUGGAAUUGUAUUUCCUCUUUAUGUGAAAUGGAAAUUGUGAAAAUUAUGAAUUUUAAUUGAGAAAAGUUGGGAAAUUUAUCAUAAUAUUCAAAGAUUUUAUUUAAAAAAAUCUUUUGCAUAAAAAGAUGUCAUAUCACUAAAGUGUUGUGCCGUCUGAUUAAACCUGGUACCUUGCUGUACAUUCCCAAAUACAAGUAAGACUAUUUAGGUCCAUUAAUGUAAAUUGUAACUGUAACUCUGUAUGCAAUUUGUUGUAUUUUUCUGAGUACUUUCAUUUCUUUGUAUUUAGAGCUACUUUCAUUGAGGGUGAAAAAACACCAAAAUGCCUUUUGUGCAGAGCAUAAGCUGUAAAGACCCUGCUUUGUCUUUAUUUUGGGAAUAUAACAUAGUUAAUGUGAAAAAUGCUUUCAAGAUGUUUUCGAUCCAAAACAAAUCAACUAUAAAAUGCACAGACUGGCUAUGUGGAUGUUACUGAAUGACCCUAAGAACCGCCACAGGAAAGACUCUAGCUCGAGAGCACUGUCAUUAAUGUUGUAAUCUGAUAAUAUGAUAUCCCAAAACAGGUUAUUAAGACUGGGAUGUCCGAUUUUGAUUGCUGCGCAAAAUAAUAUCUUGUUCUUCUAGAAGAAGAAUUUGAGUAUGGCUGCGGUAACAGGCAUUACCUGUUGUUGAUCUGUUGUUGAAUGCUCUGUUUGUUCAGACAAAGGAGAACUGGUGGAUGGCCUUACUGAAAAUGAAAUGGGCGUGAGGGAUUUUGUAAACAGAUGUAACUUUUUUUUUUUUAAGUGCAAACUCACAAUGUUGUAUUAAUAAAUGUAUUAAUACUUUGAUAUCCAAGCCCAUAAUUUUAAUGAAAAUUGAACCCAAAGGUGCAGCAAAAUUAUUAUGAAGAGGUGCAACGUUUAUUUUGUGUCUCAUACUUUUUUUAUCGGCCUUCAAAAAUCCUUUUCAUCAUAACCAAAUAAAAUAAACUGGGGUUGAAUUGGCUGAUCAUUGUUUUACAUUUUAAAUUAAAAUUGUAUUUUUUUAAAUCCAUUUUUAUAAAAAUAUCUUUGUAUUGGAAAAGAGGUAAAUAAAUAAAAUGAAAGUUCAAUAGAGACCUUGUUCUUUUAUGCUUCUUUCCCCCAAAUUAAUGAUUUGGUUUUGGACUCUUGUGUUCCUUGUCAAAGUUACUGAAGUGAUUCCCAUUUCUUUGCAACUAACAGUUAAUCUUGUUCUGGUUCAUAGCGUUUAUUAUAACUGAAUCACUGAAGUCAAUACUGUGGUUGACCUCAAUCUCAGUGAAGCAAUACAGUUAUAUUAUUGCUUAAGGUGUAAUAAAUUAACAUAAAUGUAAAAUUACAAAAUUUGGGACAUGUUAUUAUCUGAGGCCUAAUAGUUUGUACUCAUCAUCCAAAACUGAUAUGAUCUCUUUGAAUUUACAAAAUAUCAAUUUUCUUUUAUUUCUUUUAUUUGUAGUAGACAGAGCAUCUUAUAGCACACACUGAACACUUGUAUGCGUAGAUGUCAUUUUUUUUCUGCCAAUACCAUACUAACUUGCUUGUUGGUUUUGGAUACACUACAGAUUUUCAAACCAAAACCCAAAGUUUUUGAAUAUUUAUCCAUGCACUUAGAAGUAAAUGAUCUUCUUCUUUUUUUUUUUUUUUGAAGGCACUUUUAUGUUGUGUUUGAUAAUGUGAAUUUUAAUAGACUGUUAUGUUAGUUCAUUUAACAUCAUCCUCUAAGAUACUUUUUUUUAACAUGGCCUUUCAUGACAACAAAAGGGUUUUGUGUUUUAUUUGAUUUCAAUGGAUCUUGUUUUACAUUUGUACAUUUGUAUUGAAUGGUGUGUAGAUACCAGAUAUUUCUUUUGUGUUUUAGUUUAGAAUGUGUACAUCCCUUAAGAUUCCGUUUGUUGCAUAAUAUGGGCUUUAUCGAUUCAUUGUGAAACAUUCCAUAAGCUAAAAAGAUGCUUAAGGAGUUUAUUGCUUUCAAUCUCUGAUCUAAUCAGACAUACACAAAUGAUUUGUACAUUUGCUACUUUUAUUAUCAAAAGUUGCGGGUGAAUAAAAAGACAUUCAUUUGAGAACGACAAA